AUUACGUCAUGUGGCUCUAAAGCUACUUUCCUAACAAUUCAACAUUUAUUAAUUGGAUUCCAGAAAUUCCAUUCAAAACAUUCAGAUGCAGAUCAUGUCUAAGAACUAAAUCUUCUUAAACUACAUAAAUACAACAUAUUCUAAGUACAUUUAGAGUUGAAAUUGUGGAUCAGAUAAAAUUGUGUGCAACGCACAAUUAUGUGUCAACAAAAACUUGAUAAAUACCAGAACAGAUCUUGGUUAGUUUCACCAAAACAGGGUCCUUUCCAUUUAUGACCACUAGCCAUUGAAAUGUCAGCAGAGCCGAAGACUACGAAGAAGGACUAUACGUCUAUACCGCAGACCAAUAUUCCCCAUCACAAUGGGGGUCUUGAUGGGGAUACAGUCAAUGAGGACGAUUUCGAUUUCGAUAUUGAUAAUGAAGAUGAUUUAGUGGAUCACACACUUGAAUCUAUGGACUAUCAAGUCGAAGUUCCUGGCGAAGAGCCGACUGAAACAGGAACAUCCAGUAUGCGAAUGGCAUUUUUAAACAUGGCAAACUCUAUCCUCGGAGCCGGUAUCAUAGGGCAACCAUUUGCAUUUAGAAAUAGUGGGUUAGUGGGAGGAAUUAUAGUCAUGGUACUAUUGACAAUAUUAAUCGAUUGGACAUUAAGACUUAUCGUCAUCAAUUCACAUCUAUCUCAAACAAAAUCAUAUCAAGAUACAGUUAAUCAUUGUUAUGGUAAGUAUGGAAAGAUUCUAUUGUUAUUUGCAAUCAGUUCUUUUGCCUAUGGUGGCUGUAUGGCUUUUUGUGUUAUCAUAGGUGAUACUAUACCUCAUGUCUUAAAAGCAUUCAUACCGACAUCAAUAACAGGUCCAGACUCAGCUAUAGGUUGGUUAUUCAAGAGAAAUGUCAUUAUUGUUUUAUUCACUACUUGUAUUUCAUAUCCAUUAUCGUUAAACAGAGAUAUCUCAAAAUUAGCAAAAGCAUCAGGUUUUGCAUUGGUAGGAAUGUUGAUCAUUGUAGUAUUGACAAUUGUUAGGGCUCCAUUCGUUGAUUCAAGUUUAAGAGCUCCAUUGACAAAAUUAGAGUGGACAGUUAAUUAUAAUAUAUUCCAGGGUAUUUCAGUCAUUUCAUUUGCUUUAGUUUGUCAUCAUAAUACGAUCCUUAUCUACCAAUCGAUGAAAAAUGCCUCUAUAAGCAAAUUUGCCAAGUUGACCCAUAUAUCAUGUAUUGUUUCCAUGAUCUGUUGUCUAACUAUGGGUAUCAAUGGGGUUGUUAACUUUGGUGAUGCCACUAAAGGUAACGUUUUGAAUAAUUUCAGAAGUGACGAUAAUUGGAUUAACGUUGCUAGAUUUUGUUUUGGAUUAAAUAUGUUAACCACAUUUCCAUUAGAAGUAUUUGUGGUUAGAGAUGUUCUCAAAGACGUUAUAUUAGGUAAUGCCGAAGGCAGUACAGCCGAUCUUGAAUUAAACAAGAUGCAACAUUUCACAAUAACUACCAUAUUGGUAUUUUCUUCGAUGUCAGUUUCAUUACUUACUUGUAAUUUGGGUAUAAUUCUAGAGUUAAUAGGAGCUACUUCUGCCUCAUUAAUGGCAUAUAUUAUACCUCCGCUUUGUUAUUUGAAGCUCUCUUGGGAUCAGAUAGAUUAUAAAUCUUCAAGUAAAGAAGAUAAAAGAGAAUUUAUAAUUUGGAAAGCAUUACCAAGUAUAGCUUGCGUGUUAUUCGGAUUUUCAGUUAUGUUCAUAAGUUCGUUCAUGAGUAUCACACAGGCUGUGCAAGGAGGAACUGCAGGACAUUGUGUAGACGAUUAGGCAAAAGACGUAUAUACAUGCAU